CCCAGGUAGUGCCGCUCGGCGCGGCACUGAGCGGCGCGAACACGGGAUGAGGGACUGCCGCCUCUGCUCCUUCGACGCCGCGCGAGGGCCCCGGCGGCUGAUGCGCGUGGGCCUGGCGCUGAUCCUGGUGGGCCACGUGAACUUGCUGGUGGGAGCUGUGCUGCACGGUACAGUCCUGCGACACGUGGCCAAUCCCCGCGGCGCCGUCACGCCGGAGUACACCACUGCCAAUGUCAUCUCCGUGGGCUCUGGGCUGCUGGUGAGCACUUCGGGCGGACUGAGUGGGAUGGGUGCGCCGAAAGGCAGAGGGCAAAAGGCUUGGUGUCUUCCACAGAGCGUUUCCGUGGGACUUGUGGCCCUGUUGGCAUCCAGGAACCUUCUUCACCCACUACUGCACUGGGCCCUGCUGGCACUGGCUCUGGUGAAUCUGCUCCUGUCUGCUGCCUGCUCCAUGGGCCUCCUCCUUGCUGUGUGCCUCACUGUGGCCAACGGUGGCCGCCGUCUUAUUGCUGACUGCCAUCCAGGGCUGCUGGAUCCUUCCAUACCACUGGAUCAGGGCCCUGGGCAAACCAACUGCUCCUUUGAUCCCACAAGAAUCUAUGAUACAGCCUUGGCUCUCUGGAUCCCUUCUCUGCUCAUGUCUGCAGCAGAAGCUGCUCUGUCUGGUUACUGCUGUGUGGCCGCACUCACCUUACGUGGAGUUGGGCCCUGCAGGAAGGAAGGGUUUCAGGAACAGCUGGAGGAACUGACAGAGCUUGAACCUCCAAUAUGUAAAAGGCAGGAAAAUGUGAAGCUACUGGAUCAACAUCAAGAAUUUCAGGCCUCAGAGAAAACCUGGGUUUAGGACAGCUAAAGGGCCCUGAAGGUGGGGCCUGGGCAGCUGCUGUUCUGAGGCUCAGUCUAUAAGUGUUUCCACUAAGCAAAGGACCCUGACCCCAGGAUGAUAUAAAUAAUUGUAAUAAAAGAACUUCUUUUCUUCUACUUGAUUA